AUGGAGGCCAUCUGGUUGUACCAGUUCCGUCUCAUCGUCAUUGGGGACUCUACCGUAGGGAAGUCCUGUCUGAUCCGGAGGUUCACAGAGGGCCGCUUUGCCCAAGUCUCUGACCCCACGGUUGGGGUGGAUUUCUUUUCCAGGCUGGUAGAGAUUGAACCAGGCAAGCGGAUCAAGUUACAGAUCUGGGACACAGCCGGACAGGAACGGUUCAGGUCCAUAACCCGUGCCUACUACAGAAAUUCUGUUGGAGGGCUCCUGCUAUUUGACAUCACUAAUCGUCGCUCUUUCCAGAAUGUUCAUGAAUGGUUAGAAGAAGCGAAGGCCCACGUUCAACCUUAUCAGAUCGUGUUUGUUCUGGUGGGACAUAAAUGUGAUCUAGACACGCAACGUCAAGUGACAAGACACGAGGCAGAGAAACUAGCCACUGCCUAUGGAAUGAGAUACAUCGAGACCUCAGCCCGAGAUGCCAUUAAUGUAGAGAAAGCCUUCACUGACCUGACUCGUGACAUAUAUGAGCUUGUUAGAAAGGGGGAGAUAAAUAUUCAAGAAGGAUGGGAGGGGGUAAAAAGUGGAUUUGUUCCAAAUGUAGUGCAUUCUUCUGAAGAGGUAAUUAAGUCCGACAGGCGGUGCUUUUGCUAA